UUGCAGCAGUCGUUGAAGAUCGUCACAUUGAACACGAUUAAUCGCGACAUGCGCGAUCGUCGUCGGCCAGCCCACGCGUGUGUCGCAGAUCUGUUAGCGUGAACAUUUGCGAGCGACUCGUACUAGUUAUGGAAUUAUAUUAAACCACUGAUUGUGUUUAAACAGAUGUGCGAUUACCGAUGAGUCCGCGAAGAAAGAAUAAUCCGAGAUAACCAGAGAAGAAUCACGUCAUCAAGAAACCGCGAAUUCUUUGUGCAGCAUGUCCGUAUUGUUGUUACUGACAGUCUGGCUUGUCCUGGCAUGUCAAUUCGUCCAGGAUAGCGCCGCAACGGGGCAACGUUACAGCCAAAAUCCAGUACAAGACUUAGACAAUAAUCUGCAAUCGGUGCCACCGCCCGGACCGAACGUAUGCAGAUCGAGGUACAAAAAUUAUUGUUGUCCAGGAUGGUCGAAGCAACCGGAAACGGGUCUUUGUCUCAUACCAAUUUGUGUGAGACGAUGUGGACUCCUUGGAAGAUGCGUGAGGCCUAAUGUUUGUUUAUGCGAGGACGGCAAUCACGCGACUACGUGCGGCGGCGCGCAAAGUAAAAUUAGUACACACGAGCCCGGAAAUGGCGCCGAUGGUCGUGGCGAGACCGGUAGAUGUCGAGUUCCCUGCAGAAACGGAAAGUGCGUUGACGGUCGAUGUCAGUGUCGCAGCGGAUAUCAGGGAGAAUUCUGCAAUGAACCUAUCUGCCGUGAGCCUUGCUUGAAUCAGGGAAGAUGUAUCGGUCCGGAUCGUUGCGCCUGCAUGUACGGUUACACUGGAAGACAUUGCGAGACCGAUUACAGAACCGGACCGUGUUACACCAAAGUGAAGAACGGCCAAUGUCUGGCUAGUCUUCAAGGUGUGGUUUGCACGCGACAGAUGUGUUGCGCCACCGUGGGCAAGGGUUGGGGUCACCCGUGCGAACGGUGCCCGGCUAGACUCGAGUGCGAACCGGGUUAUAUAAAACCUAAUAAUCAAGGUCAAUGUGUCGAUAUCGAUGAAUGCGAAGCGAUACCCGGAUUGUGUCAGGGUGGAAAGUGUCUGAACACUCCCGGUUCGUUCACCUGCGAAUGUCCCGAGGGACAAGCGAGAGAUCUCGAGACCAACGAGUGCAAAGACAAGGACGAGUGUCAGGAGGAAGGUAUUUGCGCAGACGGACGGUGCAUCAACACCGUAGGCGGUUAUUACUGCCACUGCAAUCCGGGAUUCAUACUGAGCCAGGAUCGCAAAUACUGCAUCGAUGGCAGACAAGACUUGUGUUACACAGCGGUGAAUCGAAACGGGCAGUGCAAGAAUCGACUAUCGAUGAGACUGAGCAAGAAGGAUUGUUGCUGCGGCAAGAACAUGGGCCGUGGAUGGGGCGAUGAAUGCUUCAUCUGUCCCAGUCCUGGCAGCAACGAUUACAACAGGCUUUGCUCGCAAGGCUUUGAUCAACUGGAGUCGUUCAUUGAGGUGAACGAGUGCGUGCUGCGGCCGGACAUCUGUGGCCACGGCCACAAGUGCAUCGACACCAAAGAGGGUUACGAGUGCGAGUGCAAUCCGGGAUUUACGAGAAAGCCCGGCGGUAGAUGCGAGGACGUGGACGAGUGCCAAUUGGGAUACUGUCAGGGCGGGACCUGCCGUAACUUCCCCGGUAACUUCACCUGCGAUUGUCCGCCUGGAUUCGUCGUUUCCGGCGAAGGCAGAUAUUGCACCGAUCACGACGAGUGCCAGGACACGGGAAUGUGCACCAAUGGGUAUUGCAUUAACAUGAACGGGUCUUUCAAAUGUAAAUGCAACGAUGGUUACACGCUAUCACUGACGGGAAAUACUUGCAUAGAUAUCAACGAGUGUUCAGAAAAUCCGAGGAUCUGUCUGAACGGUCGCUGUGAAAACACACCGGGAUCCUAUCACUGUAUCUGUCAGUCAGGUUUCACUCCUUCGAGAGAUAACACCUUCUGUGUGGACAUGGACGAGUGUUCCACCAGCGGAAUGUGCGAGAACGGCAAGUGCGUAAACAUGGAGGGUUCCUUCAAAUGCGUCUGCGACUCCGGCUUCAGAAUCGGUCCCGAUCUUAGUCACUGCAUCGAUAUCGACGAGUGUCUGAGUUCACCUUGCCAAAAUGGACGUUGCAUCAACUCGCCCGGCAGUUUCCGGUGCGAAUGUCAUCCGGGAUUCAAUUUAGGUCCCGACGGCAGAUCCUGUCUAGAUACGAGAAGAGAUCUGUGCUAUUCGCAGUACAGAGACGGCCAGUGCUCCAAUCCGACGUCCACCGCGGUGACGAAGUCCAGUUGUUGCUGUUGCACGGUGAUUCUGGGACAACCGAUGGGCUGGGGCAGCACCUGCCAACCUUGCCCGCUACCGGGUACCACGGACUUCGAAGCCUUGUGCCCGCAUGGCGCCGGAGUGACUUACAACGGCGACGAUAUCAACGAAUGCGCCCAGAAUCCUAACAUCUGCGUGAACGGAGGAUGCGAGAAUCUUGUGGGAACGUAUCGUUGCAUAUGCGACAGCGGAUACGAGGUGGACGCGACGGGGAAGAUUUGCACCGAUAUCAACGAGUGCGAGCUGGAGGAUUCUCUGUGCAGCGGCGGCCAGUGUCGCAACACACCCGGUAGUUUCCAGUGCAUUUGUCCGACGGGCAUGAGAUACAACACGCAAAACCAAAUGUGCGAGGACAUAGACGAGUGCGACGAGCUGGGUCCGGACGUGUGCUUCAACGGCGUUUGCAUUAACGUUCCAGGAGCUUACGAGUGCGAAUGUUCGCCGGGUUACGUUCUCGACAACACGGGCCACAUUUGCAUAGACAAUCGUCGGGGUUCCUGCUGGACCAAGAUGGUGGACGGUCGCUGCGAGAACAACUUGCCGAGAGUGGCGUUACGCUCGGAAUGCUGUUGCUCGGUCGGAGUGGCUUGGGGCAGUCCGUGCGAAAUCUGCGAUCACACUUUUUGCGAAUGUUCGAAGGGCUACGCGAAGGUGGACGGCAAGGGUUGCGAGGACAUCAACGAAUGCGAGCUCAACAGCGGAAUCUGCAAGGGUGGCGGCACUUGCGUCAACACAGACGGCUCGUAUCGCUGCGAAUGUCCACCCGGUCUCACCUUGGACACGACGCACACCACGUGCACGGACACCAGGCAAGAAACGUGCUUCCUGGAUUAUCGCCACGGUCAGUGCGUCAGUCCGAUCGAGGGCCAUUUCUCCAAGAGUAUCUGCUGUUGUUCCGUGGGUCGCGCCUGGGGUAACGGCAGAUGCGAACUGUGUCCGAAAACGGGAACGCAGGCUCACACGGAGUUGUGCCCGCGCGGAAACGGAUUCACCGAGCGUCAGGACAUCAACGAGUGCGUCGAAUUUCCGGGAAUGUGUCAGAACGGCAGAUGCAAGAACACAAUUGGCAGCUAUAGUUGCAGAUGCAAUCAGGGUUACGCGCCCGACGAGCACGGCAUUAGGUGCAUCGAUAUCGACGAAUGCGAGAUCACGCACGGAGUGUGCGGAAACGGCACAUGCAGAAACACUCCUGGGAAUUUUCAGUGCGACUGCAGUCCCGGUUAUCGCAGCAAUGACAUCAUGAAGAUUUGCAUGGACAUAAACGAGUGCGAGGAGACGCCAGGGUUGUGUCGUGGCGGCAUCUGCGUCAACACCGAGGGCAGUUUUAACUGUCAAUGCCCGCCAGGGCACGAAUUAGGUCCCGACAAACAGUCCUGCAAGGACAUAGACGAGUGUUCGAGAACAAGCGGUAUCUGCUCGAACGGCGUCUGCGAGAACAUGAUGGGCACUUAUCAGUGCAUAUGCGACGAUGGUUAUCAGCAAACGGGGCUCAGGUCUCACUGCGAAGACAUCAACGAAUGCGCAGUCGCCAAUGGCGGCUGCGAGGACAUUUGUAUAAAUACACCGGGCAGCUUCUCCUGCACGUGCCGUACUGGCUACGCUUUAAACCUGGAUGGUCGAACUUGCGCGGACGUGGACGAGUGCAAGGAGAAUCCUCGGAUCUGCAACGGAGGGAAGUGCAAAAAUACACUCGGUGGUUACGUAUGCAAUUGCACGAAUGGUUUAUUGCCCGGGAGAGAUGGCGUAUCUUGUAUAGAUAUUGACGAGUGCGCGACGCAACCCCAAAUAUGCGGGUACGGCGAGUGCUCCAACACGAUCGGCUCCUUCAACUGUCGCUGCGAGGAAGGAUACUCGGUGAAGCCGGCGGAGGGACCGGCGUGCACCGACGACGACGAGUGCCGAUUGAAUGCUUACUCCUGCAGCGAGUUCGCCGAGUGUCAGAACACUCAGGGUUCGUACAUUUGCACCUGUCACGACGGUUUCACCGGGAACGGUAUCGAGUGCUGGGACAUCAACGAGUGUUCUACGAACAACGGCGGCUGCGACUCGAACGCGCAUUGCAUCAACACGGAGGGUUCCUUCAAGUGCGUGUGCGACGCUGGUUUUCGAGGCGACGGCUACAGCUGCAAGGACAUCGACGAGUGCGCGGAGGACGAUACGCUCUGCGAGAACGGCCACUGUCUGAAUUAUCCGGGCGCUUACCGUUGCGAAUGCGAGAUGGGAUUUAUGCAUCCGGACGAGCACAACGAGCAAGCGUGCGUGGACAUCAACGAGUGCGAGAUGUUCAGUAAUUUGUGCGUGUUCGGUCGAUGCGAGAACAUCUUCGGCAUGUUUCGCUGCGAGUGCAACGAGGGUUACAAGCUGGACGGCUCCGGCGGCAACUGCACCGACGUGAACGAAUGCGAGAGCCCGCAGUCCUGCCAGUACGGCACGUGCAUCAAUACGCAGGGCAAAUAUAUCUGCCGGUGUCCGCCGCAUUACGAACUGGUGGAAGCCGGAAAUGCCUGCGUCGAUAGACGUGAAUCUUUGUGCUUCACGGGUUACGAGCACGGCACGGGAAGACCGCAGUGUAUCUUCGAGGUGUCGUCGUCGGUGACGAAGGCGACCUGUUGCUGCAGCAUCGGCACUGCCUGGGGCAAUCGUUGCGAGGAGUGUCCCCAGCCCGGCACGAAGGAAUACGAGCAAUUGUGUCCGAGCGGACCGGGAUACAGACCGAAUCGGGUAACCGUCAUUCUGGAGGACAUCAACGAGUGCGAGGAGCACGAGAACAUUUGUCAGAAUGGACAUUGUACCAAUACUUUCGGUAGUUUUAUGUGCUCCUGUAACGAAGGCUUCGUCUUGGACGAUUCCAAGACCAAUUGCAUCGAUAUAAAUGAAUGCGCGUUGCAUCCGCAAAUAUGCGGCGUCGGAUAUUGCAUCAACGAUCAAGGGAAAUAUCAUUGCGAAUGUCCCGAAGGAUACAUGGCAAUGCCCGGAGGAAAGGAGUGUGUCGAUAUGAGAAAGGAAUACUGUUACCUCACCUACGAUGCCGGCCAGUGUCUGAAUCCCAUGGUGCAGCCGCAGACGAAAAUGCUGUGCUGUUGUUCUAUGGGCGCUGCAUGGGGCAAUCUCUGCGAGAAAUGUCCUAACGAAAGAACUCGUGAGCAUGAAAUUCUGUGCGGAUUGGUGCCGGGUCAAAUCAUGAACCCGAUGACGAAUCACACCGAGGAAAUCGACGAGUGCUCCCUGAUGCCGACAAUGUGCACUCACGGUAGAUGCAUGAACACUCCCGGCAGUUUCGAGUGCCAGUGCGAUCGCGGUUACGUUUACGAUCAGGAUUCACAUCAGUGUAUCGACGAAAACGAGUGCCUUCAGAUACCGAAUCCCUGCAGUGGAAAUGCGCAGUGCAUCAAUCAGCAAGGCUACUUCGAAUGCGUGUGUCCUGUCGGCUACAAACUCGGUCCCAGUCAACGCGACUGCAUCGACAUCGACGAAUGCUACGAAAGACCGGGUAUCUGCAACAAUGGAGCUUGCAGCAAUUUGCAAGGUAGCUUUCAAUGCGUUUGCUACACCGGCUUUUCGUUGACUCGCGACCGGGACAAUUGCGUCGACAUCGACGAAUGCCAACGCAAUCCAAACAUAUGCAACAACGGCACCUGCGUCAACACUUUGGGCUCCUACAAGUGUCAGUGUUAUCAGGGAUUUAAACUCAGUCCGAAUAACGAUUGCGCUGAUAUCAACGAAUGUCGAAUAAUGCCAUUUUUGUGUCGCAACGGCCGAUGUCGAAACACGAUCGGCGGUUUCGUUUGCGAGUGUGCGGAUGGUUAUGUGUUGGCGCAAGACGGUCAACAUUGUCGCGACAUCGACGAAUGUCAUGAAAUACCGGGUUUAUGUCCAUCUCCUGGAAAGUGUCAGAAUCUCAUGGGAUCUUACAUAUGUAGCUGCCCGCCGGGAUACGAACUGGAUCAUACCAGAAAAAAAUGCGUGGACGUGGACGAAUGCGUCGAAACGGCAGAUAUUUGCGAGAACGGUCGGUGCAUCAACACGGAGGGUGCUGUAAUCUGCGAGUGCCCCGUCGGAUAUGAAUUAAGCGAUAAACCGAACUCGAUGAAGUGCAUCGACGUGAGAGAAGAGCAAUGCUACGACAAUUACAGACGAGGCCAGUGCACCUUCCCGCGGAAAGGCGGCAUGACCAAGAAACACUGUUGCUGCACGAUGGGCAAAGCUUGGGGCCGAUAUUGCGAACAAUGUCCGCCGGAAAAUAGCGAGGAAUUCAAGAGGUUGUGUCCGGAAGGAUCGGGGCGGGACGACACAGGAAUCGAUUUGAACGAGUGCCUGUUCAUGCCGGACGCUUGUGCCGGUGGCGAAUGCAUCAACACGGACGGCUCGUUCCGAUGCGAGUGUCCGACGGGAUACGUGUUGGAUGAGACCGGGCGAAGGUGCGUGGACAACAACGAGUGCCUGAGCGUGCAGAACAUCUGCGGUAAUGGCACAUGUCGCAACAUCGACGGCGGUUUCGAGUGUUCGUGCAGCGACGGUUUUGCGCCAGGCGCCAAUCAGGUCUGCGAGGACGUGAACGAGUGCCUGGAAAUGGGCAAUCAGUGCGCCUUCAGAUGCCACAACGCGCCGGGAUCCUUCCGUUGCAUCUGUCCGUACGGAUACACUCUGGCACUCGACGGACGCCAUUGCGUAGAUGUUGACGAAUGCGCCACGCCGGCGAACGAUUGCAGAUUCCAAUGCAAGAAUUUAAUCGGCACUUUUAUGUGCAUCUGUCCUCCCGGAUACCAGAAAAUAGGAACGGCCGACGAGUGCAAGGAUAUCAACGAAUGCGCCAUCAACUCCGGUCUUUGUCAACACGGCCGUUGCGUGAAUCUGGAGGGAAGCUACCAGUGUUUCUGCUACGACGGCUUCGAGCAAAGCUCGGACGGAAAAUCGUGCAUAGAUCGAAGAGUCGGUUAUUGUUUCUUGCAAACGAUCGGCGGCAGAUGCACCGCCAGAACCUCGGAAUUGCGUACGGUCACGAAGAUGGACUGUUGUUGCACCAUGGGAGCAGCGUGGGGACCGCACUGCGAGAUUUGCCCGUCCAGAGACUCGGACAAUUAUAACGAACUUUGUUUGGACAAAGGGUUCUCUCUAGACGGACAAGAUAUUGACGAGUGCAAGACUAUACCCGAUCUUUGCAGAAACGGUCUGUGCAUCAACACUCUCGGUUCUUACAGAUGCAUAUGCAACAAGGGCUACAAAGCCGACAAGUCUGGCACUCAGUGUAUCGACAUUAACGAGUGCGAAUUGACGCCAAAACCGUGCAAGUACACCUGCCAGAACACCGAAGGCAGUUUCAUCUGUUCGUGUCCGUCUGGUUUCAUUCUGAAUCCGGACGGCGUUAGCUGCAGGGAUCUGGACGAAUGCGCGACUGGGAAUCACUUGUGCCAGCAGAAUUGCAUAAACACUCCGGGAAGUUACACCUGCGGCUGUCAGGAAGGUUACAUCCAGCAAGGAGACGCGUGCCACGAUAUAAACGAAUGCGAGCAAUCGAAUAUUUGCCCGAAACCCGGAAAGUGUAUCAACACUCUCGGUAGUUUCCAAUGCAUUUGUCCGAGAGGUUUCAAACUGGAUCAUUCCGGACGAUUUUGCACCGAUCACAAUGAGUGCGCUGACGAUGUCACUUGCGAGCACGGUUGUCAGAACUUCAUGGGUAGUUAUCGCUGCGGAUGUCCGGAAGGUUUCGUUCAGCAUCUCUACUACAAUCAGUGCGUAGACGAGAACGAAUGCAAUUCAUCGCCAUGCGGCGACACCACUUGCAUCAAUAUGAUCGGCAGUUACAAGUGCGGUUGCCCGGACGGUUAUCAGUUCGAUAACAAUCUGGCGAUUUGUGUACAAGUGAGCGCCGGAUGCGUUGGCAGUCCUUGCGCCUUCGGAUGCAUUACAAACGGAGCAAGUGGAUUUCUCUGCAGCUGUCCCACCGGUUAUCAGCGAAUAGGACAAGGCCAUUGUUUGUCCACCAUUACUCCUUUAUCUCAAGGACGUUACGACGAAGAUAUCAGCAAUGUGCCGACUUUCCAAAUCAAUCCCGAUCCUUAUCACAUACCACCGGCCGACGAUAAGACGAUCUCAACGGAGGGAUGCUUCUCGUGCAAAAUAAAUGGAAAAGGGCGGCACAGAAGAGGCGCUAGAAAUAGGACGGUAGACGAAGAAACGAAGACGAGGAAAAACGAGAUAAAGAAACAACGUCGAAUUGGUAAGCAAAAGAGGCACCAUCACGGAAUGGCACACGUGCUUAAAAUCAAUUUGCGUCAAACGAGGCACCGCACGCGAAUCAUCAAGCUGCAGUCCGCCAUCAAGGGCGAAGAUAUGAAUUACACUAUCGCGCGUGGCAACGACGGCAAUCACUUCGAAAUCGUCAGGCAACGUGGCAUCUCCGCUUUACACUUCCGCCAUCGGCUGAAGAAUCCUGGAGAAUUUUACAUAGUGAUCCACGGUCGUCCAGCAGAAGCAAAGACUUUAAGAACGGAAUGGGAAAAACCUCUAACAUUUACAGUUCAUCUUAUAGUCACGAAAUAAGUCGCGAGGAAAGAAAUUAAUUUAAAUCGCGCGAGAGAAGACACCAUACCUAACACAGUGUGUUACGCUUUUUCUUAGUCAAUUUCGAGCUACAUGGCAAAGUAUUAAAAGUAUCGCAAAUGCCAGCGUUUUAUGUAUAAGAAAGGAUAUGGGGAGAGCAAUUGAGAGAGAAAAUAUCCUUGCGCAAGUAGGAAUCUUUAAAGUAUAUAUAGAACAAAGAUUAAGAUAAAUGAUCGUUAAGUGCCUUGAUAUUUUUGUGUUCAUUGCGCACAAACUGCAUUAUUUAACUGCCGGAUAAUAAAAAUAUAUAUUUUACAAGCAACGACGAUUUUUUUACGAUAUGUCAUGUGACGAUAUUUGUGACACUUGUGACACUGCCAAUUAUGCCUAUCGAGAAGAGUUACAAUAUCUAUUUACUAAUAAUAAUUCUCCAUGUAUUCAAAAGGGUUCUCUUCGAACUCACUGCCUACACUUACAUUACGUAAAUACAAUUAUUAAAAGUAAUGCGCUAGAAAUGUACAAAACAUUAGAUUACAAUAGCUUAUAAGCAAAGAGAACACGCAUAUAUACAAAACGUAACUUUAUAUAUUUAUGAAUUUUAUGUACAAAAUUAGUAUAUUUUGUGCUUAAACUUUACACAAAGA